GCCUAAAACUUUCAUAAACUUUUACUUUGACUGUAGCGGUUUAUUUAACUUUUUGAAAUUUGUAUUAUUAAAUGAACGUAAAAUAUAAGUAGAUCAUAAGCAUAAUGAAUUCUCAAAGAACUACCCAAAAGAGUACUGCUAAUACGCCAAUAUAUGAUCAAGAAAAUAAAUCACUUACUGUAACAAAACUAUCCAAUACUAAACGUGUUGAAAGACUUUUGAAUGAUGUUAGAAUUACUGCAUGUCGAACAAUCACUAACGUCAAAUCCUCAAUUGGUGAUCUUUCUAUGAAACUUCGACCCGUUAUGAAAACACGUAGCAGCUUUUGCAAGAGACAAAACUAUCAAGGUUUGAAUGAAAACAUCACACCGGUGAAGUUAUAUACCCCAUUUUCCUUUGUAACACCAAGUCCAAAAAGAACUCCUCGUAAAAGAGUUUCACCAAAAAGAAUCUCUUUCAAAAGUCCAACAGGAAAACUUAAGAAAGAUGUUCAAGCUCUCAAUAAAUCUGUAAAGGAACGAGAAAAGAUGGAGAGAACUUUAAGUGCCAGAAAACUACGCUAAUUGUAAAAGCACUUUUUUAUAUACUUUAUACUAUCUGUAACCACAUUAGUUUAGCAGCUUCUUUUAUGUAUGGAAAUCGGUAUGCAAAUCUUUAUAUAGAAUAUACAUGUAUGUUUUUGUUUCUUUUUUGUCAAAUUUUACAAUAAAUCUUUGAAAUUUAUUAUUUUUUAAA